GGUUAGUGUGCGCCGCGGGUGCUGGGGGCUCGAGAACCGAGCGGAGCUGGUUGAGCCUUCAAAGUCCUAAAACGCGCGGCCGUGGGUUCGGGGUUUAUUGAUUGAAUUCCGCUGGCGCAGGAUCCUCUGCAGAAAGAGAGAGCGCGAGAGAUGGAGAUGGACAAACGGAUUUAUUUAGAGCUGCGGAACAGGACGCCCUCUGAUGUGAAAGAGCUGGUCCUGGAUAACUGUAAGUCAAUUGAAGGCAAAAUCGAAGGCCUCACGGAUGAGUUUGAAGAACUGGAAUUCCUAAGUACAAUCAACGUAGGCCUCACCUCCAUUUCCAACUUACCAAAGUUAAACAAACUCAAGAAGCUUGAAUUAAGCGAAAACAGAAUCUCAGGGGACCUGGAAGUAUUGGCAGAGAAAUGUCCGAACCUUAAGCAUCUAAAUUUAAGUGGCAACAAAAUAAAAGAUCUCAGCACAAUAGAGCCGCUGAAGAAGUUAGAGAAUCUCAAAAGCCUAGACCUGUUUAACUGUGAGGUGACCAACCUGAAUGCCUACCGAGAAAACGUGUUCAAGCUCCUGCCCCAGGUCAUGUACCUCGAUGGCUAUGACAGGGACAACAAGGAGGCCCCCGACUCCGACGUGGAGGGCUACGUGGAGGAUGACGACGAGGAAGAUGAGGAUGAGGAGGAGUAUGAUGAAUAUGCCCAGCUAGUGGAAGAUGAAGAGGAAGAGGAUGAGGAGGAAGAAGGGGAGGAAGAGGACGUGAGUGGAGAGGAGGAGGAGGAUGAGGAAGGUUACAACGACGGGGAAGUGGAUGACGAGGAAGACGAAGAAGAAGCUGGUGAAGAAGAAGGGAGUCAGAAGCGAAAACGAGAACCGGACGAUGAGGGCGAAGAGGAUGACUAAGAGGAAUUAACCUGUUUGGGGAAAUUCCUAUUGUGAUUUGACUGUUUUUACCCAUAUCCCCUCCCCCUCCUAUUCCUGCCCCCUGAAACUUAUUUUUUUCUGAUUGUAGCGUUGCUGUGGGAAGGAGAGGGGAAAAGUGUACUGGGGGUUGAUGGGGGGUGGGGGUGGGGGGGAGGGGAGGAAUAAAAUACUAUUUUUACUGCCACACUUUAUUUCCCCCCCCUCCUUUUUCCUUGUGUCUGGUUUUGUCCCCAUAAAUGCAAUAGCUUAGUGCACACCGA